AUGUCUGCUCCCUACUGGGGCCAGCUCCCACCCCCUAAGGCGGGCCAAACCAAAACCCGCCGCUUGUCUGAUGACCAGGACCCGUUGACGGAUCGUCGCCAGUCAUUGGAUGCCCCGCCACAGGGACACCCGCGAUCGAACCGCAUCUCCGUCCAGACUACAAAAUCCGAUGCGCCGACCGAUUCGACCCUGAGUCCCUUCGUGUCGCCAACCGCUUCCAGCUUCCAGGGCCAGGGACUCACCCCACGACCCCCGUCUCUCCCCUACGCCGCCGACCAAUACCCGCCCGAGCUGGUCGAGAACCGUCGCAGGCGGAGGAGUCGAAACCAGGAACAGGACGCCGAGUAUGCUGCGGUGACCGUCCCGCUACCCCCCACCGCUCCCGACGUACCACGCGCUCCACCUUCGAGCUCCAAGUAUCCGCCGUCGCCCCAAGGAAUUGGUCGCCAGGGAAGCCAGAGGGAGAUCGAGGAACACCGCCGGAAGGAGAGAUAUCCGGUAUCGGACCGCACCCGCAACAUGUUGGAAGAAUCCGCUAUGCCGCGGCCCCAGAGGGUCACCACCGAUCCGACGCUCGGCAGGAUGUCCCCGGUGCCCAAUGGCCGGCGGAGGGCGUCCGCGGCCGAGCAGUCGCUGCAGAGGAGCGCUCGGAGGGCGUCGGCCACCAGCGCAACAGACCGGCCCAAAACCUUGUCCAACGUCCGCUCGCCACUGCAAAGGCUUGAGCUGACACUCGACAGCAUCUCCAAGGAGGAUAAGCGGGCGCGUGUCGAGGCUGCUGAGAGGGCUGCCCGAGAGAGGGCAGCAGCGAAGGGGGAGAUUUCGCAAGACGAAAACAGCCCGCAGGAGGUGCGCUUGCGCGAGCUGGCCCCCUCGGGGGCGACCGGAGAUGGCCCCAUCAUCUCAUCAACACCCACAAGACCGGUGCAACACCCUGCGGGGCAGAACGCGCAGAACAACGGGCCCCUAUCGCAGAACCCUCCUGAUGAAGGGCGGAGGCAGAGCGCACCCGGCGGACCGUCCCCGAGGGCGGCAAACCCCGAGUCACGGAUACCCGUCCCAACCCAGUCGUCCGGGAUCCCGCAGCGCAACCUAAGCUUUCGCGAGCGUGCCGCGAAGACCGACGCAAAACUUCCGAACGGCCUCGAGUCUCCCGCCUCCAAGGAGACGACCCCCACGGCCAAGCCCGAUGGCCGCACUCCACCGAGGAGUGCCAACAACAAGCUGAGGAAGAACCCCCCGGUCGACAUGUGGCCUAAUCGCAUCUCGGAGACGGACGAAAUCUACAACACGGGCGAGGUAGUUGCGCAUACUCCGCGGGUGGUAGGCGGGCCCGUCACACCCAUUAACACCCGACCCGCCAACGCAAACCGCCCCGAGCGCCGCCAAUUCGAGCCAGCGGCCAGAGCUCCCCCGAGCAAAAUCCCCGACCCCCUUAAUGAUGACUUUGCAGAAGAGUUUAUGUUGUACCCGUCUACGGGGAAACUGACCAAGACACCCAGCCAGAAAAAGGCUGACCGAAUCCUGGGCCGAGGAACGGCCCAGACGGCGCCAACGGAUGGAGACCAGCACGCUGUCUCGUUCAGGGCCAUGCCUUCGUCUGCUGGGGCCACCAACCCUCCAACAUAUCCUCCCGGAGGAGCGACGCACCCGCCCUAUCCCGGCCCUGCUGGCGAACACGAAACCCACACUGAUGCCAGCGGGCAGCGGCACCACGUAUCGGACAUUCUCUACAACGCCCGCGACAAAUUCCAGCCUGGCCAGGGCAUAUUCCAACCGAGCCAGUACCUCGAAGAGUGGAAGGGGGCGAAUGUAGGGUCCCUUACCGGCGGCCUCCUCGACCUCGACGACGUACCGGCCUCGGGGGAGAAGAACGCGGCGAUGUUGGAUGCGUCGCAGUCCCGGUUGCGGAGCAACAGCCUAUCGUCGCGGCCGAAGAAGGCGGAGGCGUUUGAAGGAGAAUACGAUGAGACAAACAACGGUACGCGUACCCCUAAUAAACAAGCAGUCUACCCUAGCAUUCGGGAGGUGCAGAGCGGGAACUUCAGCCUGCUGUCCACCAGCAGCAUUGGUGCCGGUUCCGUGUUCGAGCCUCAACAUCUCGCUUCUCGGCGAGCAAAGGCCCGCGCUAAGCGCUGGGACGGGUUGCGUCCCUUCAGCCCGAGUCCUUCCGCGAACGAUUCCCAAGACAGUCUGGGCUGCUUUUCGUUGUCUAGCAACGAUGCUGCCUUCUCCCGAGUAGCCUUGCCAUACACCUCUCCGACGAGAUUCAAGCCGCCGCUUUAUCUCAAGUGCGGCCCGCUGCUGCGUUACUGUGGUAUUCGACAUGAGCGGGUACCGAACCGGUUUACCCGGACCGGCGUUGCCGUCGAGCGGGAAGUCUGGAGGGGUUCGAUCAUGAUCGUGACGACAGAUGCCGACUCGUCUUACGACAUCGCCCCUAUCCUCAGACUGUUUGCCCAGCCAAUUGAGCUGCUCCCGCCGCCGCCGAGGGAGGUCCAGGGUGACCUGGCGCCCGAGUACAUUGACCCGAUCGCCGGACAUCCCAAGCUCGGCCGGAAGGGCGAGACCUUGUACGUUCGGCCGGUCGACCAUCUCGAGGAGGCCAAAGACGUCUCUAGGAACGAGACGGACGAAGGACUGUUUGAGAGGUCGCGUAGCCCGCCGGAGGUUCCCUUGCCCGACGGCAUGGUUGAUCCCCCGGGCUCGUUCGCCGCUCGUAGGAAGCGGGCUGAGAUGGACGGCGAGAAGGCCGGCAAGUACAAGGAUAUCCGCGGCUUCAGGCUGCACGCCGAGCGCGGCUAUACCUUCUGGCGGUUUAACGUCGAGGUCGAGCUCCGGGAGAAGCAGCAACGCAUCGCGUACCGCAUCAACCGCGGUCCCUCGACGGGCUUCUGGGUCCCCGCCAAAGGCCAGAGCAUGAACAUCAUGUUCCACAGCUGCAACGGCUUCAGCCUGAGCGCCGAUUCCAACCAGUUCAGCGGGCCAGACCCGAUGUGGCGUGACGUGUUGAACAGCCACCAGAGCCAGCCGUUCCACGUCAUGAUUGGCGGCGGCGACCAGAUCUACAACGACAAAUGCAUGCAGGAGACGACCAUCUUCAAGGAGUGGCUGAUGACCAAGAAUCCGCUGCACAAGCACAACGCGCCCUUCACGCCGGAGAUGCAGGCUGAGCUCGAGAAUUUCUACCUCGAGCGCUACUGCAUGUGGUUCUCGCAGGGCCUCUUCGGCAUGGCCAACGCACAGAUCCCCAUGGUCAACAUGUACGACGACCACGACAUCAUUGACGGGUUUGGCUCGUACCCCCACCACUUCAUGAACUCGCCCGUCUUCUCGGGGCUCGGCAACGUCGGGUUCAAGUACUACAUGCUCUUCCAGCACCAGAGCGUCAUGGCCGAGACGGAGAAGACGGAGCCGAGCUGGAUUCUCGGCACGCGCCCGGGGCCGUACAUCAGUGAGCUCAGCCGCAGCUUGUUCAUGUUUUUGGGUGGCAAGGUUGCGCUGCUGGCGGUCGAUUCGCGGACCGAGCGGACGCGUGACGAGGUGAUACGGGAGGAUACGUGGAAGAGGAUUAUGGACCGGUGCUAUGGGGAGAUCGACAAGGGAAAGGUCGAGCAUUUGCUGGUGGUGCUGGGCGUGCCGAUCGCGUAUCCCAGGCUGGUGUGGUUGGAGAAUAUCUUGACUUCUCGAAUUAUGGACCCUGUCAAGGCGCUCGCUAAGCUGGGCAUGUUUGGGGGCCUGCUCAACCGCUUUGACGGUGGUGUUGAGGUUCUUGACGACCUCGACGACCACUGGACGGCCAAGAACCACAAGCAGGAGCGCGCCCUCGUGAUUGAGGACUUGCAGGAUUUGGCCGCGGACAAGUCGAUCCGCGUUACAAUCUUGAGCGGAGAUGUCCACUUGGCAGCGAUCGGCCAGUUCUACUCAAACCCCAAGCUUGGUCUAGCCAAACACAAGGAUUUCCGUUACAUCCCUAACAUCAUCUCGUCUGCCAUUGUCAACACGCCGCCGCCGGAUCUACUUGCCGAUGUGUUAAACAAGCGCAACAAGGUGCACCACUUCGACAAGGAGACGGAUGAGGACAUGAUUCCCAUUUUUGGUCACGGUGUCGACGGCAAGCCACGUAAUAACAAUCACCUCCUCCCGCACCGCAACUGGUGCGCCAUCCGCCAGUACGUGCCCGGCCAGACGCCUCCGCCGACACCGGGAGGGUCGGCCUACGACAUUACCGGUCUCGGUGGGGGAGUCGUGAAACGGAGAAGCAGCAUCUUCCGCCGCCUUUCCCGAUCCAAAACCACCGGGCCCGACGGCGGUCCCAAAGACAGGUCCCGCCCUCCCAUAUCCAGUGGUCUCCUAAAGUCGUUCUCCCGCCGCGCUGUCACUGCUAGCGCUGACGACAUUGGCAAGCCCGGCCCGCCCAAACCCGGGUUCCUUACUCGCACCAUGUCCUCCACCUCCGUGUCGAGCCGCAUCGGCGGGCUCUUCCGCCGUCGCAGUACGGCCAGCAGGCGCGACGACGGCGGGAUCAACGGCACGUGGGGCGCGGACACGGACGAGGAGGACCAGCAGUACCAGCAACAACAGCGCGGCCAUGUCCGUGGCGGCUCUGCCCCCGUCGGAGUCGGGAUGCGCGGCGGCCUAGGCGGCGACUACGCCCAGACCCAGCCCAGCGGAUACAACAGCGAGUACGACCAGGGCGACGAGGGCUUCUUCACGGUCAAGCCCGCGCCCGCCCCGCCCUCCAGCGGCGGCUACUCGGACGACUACCGCCCGCCCGUCCCGCCCAAACCCAUCAUCACGGGCGCAAGCGCGGCCACAAGCGCCGCCCCUAGCCCAACUACCCGGUUUGCCGUCCCACAACAACCACAGCAACAGGGCAAGCCACUGCCGGCCACCGCCGCGAUGGAGGAGGGGGAGUUCGUGCCGAAACCGUUCCACCGCACCCCCACGACGCUGUCGGCCAAGCAGCGCAAGACCUUCCGCCCCGAGGACUAUGCCGUCGACCUCACGGGCGCCAUGGAGGUCACGCUCAAUGUGGAGAUCAGCCCGCGGGAUCCGGGCGGGAGUACCGUGCCGUAUCGGUUGGUGGUGCCGAGGUUGUGGUAUGAGUAUGAGGGGGAAGGGGAAGGGGAGGGGCAAGGGGGGUCUGAGGAGGAGGAGGAUGGGGAUAGGGAUAGGGCUGGUGCCCAGCAACAGGGGCCGGCGGGGGCGAAUGUGAAUAUGGGUGGGGCGGGGAUGGUGACGCCGUCGGUGGCGGGGGGACCGGGCGGUGUGGGGUUUGAGAAGGCGGGUGGUGUGAUGGGUGAGAGGGGUGGAGACGCGGAAGGGGGCGGCAGUGAGGGGGGCGUAAUGGGAGGGGAGAUGGAUGGGAGGCCGAAGAAGGCGGGGAUUAAGAGGCUGUUGAGUUUGAGGAGGGGUGGUUGA